GCAGAGCCCGGCCGGCGGCGCAGGACGGCGGAGGAGCCCAUGCCCUUUCCCAUGGGCAGCCUGCCCGCCUAUCAGCAGGGCACCCUGGCCUGGGACUUGCCCGACAUGAUCAAGAUGGUUAAGCUGGUUUGGAAGUCCAAGGGCGAGCUGCGAGGGGCGAAGCACCGCGCGCCGCCCGACAGCGAGGAUGCCCUGGGCGCGCUGGCAGGAGAUGCACGGGUGAGAGGUCAGACAGGGGUUCUCGCUGAGCGCCGCGGCUCCUACCCGUUCAUCGACUUCCGUCUUCUCAACAAUACAACGCUCUCAGGGGAAAUUGGCACAAAGAAAAAGGUGAAAAGACUGUUAAGUUUUCAGAGGUAUUUCCAUGCAUCCCGGUUACUGCGUGGAAUUGUACCACAAGCCUCUCUGUACUUACUGGAUGAGGACUACCUUGGGCAAGCAAGGCAUAUGCUAUCCAAAGUGGGAAUGUGGGAUUUUGACAUUUUCUUGUUUGACCGCUUGACAAAUGGAAACAGUCUUGUGACAUUGCUUUGUCAUCUCUUCAAUGUGCAUGGACUUAUUCACCAUUUCCAGUUAGAUAUGGUUACACUACACAGGUUUUUAGUUAUGGUUCAAGAAGAUUACCACAGCCAAAACCCGUACCACAACGCCGUCCACGCUGCUGACGUUACACAAGCUAUGCACUGCUAUCUAAGGGAGCCCAAGCUUGCCAACUUCCUUACCCCUUUGGACAUCAUGCUUGGACUGCUAGCUGCUGCAGCUCAUGAUGUAGAUCAUCCGGGGGUCAACCAGCCCUUUCUGAUCAAAACUAAACACCACCUCGCCAGCCUGUACCAGAAUGUUUCCGUGCUAGAAAAUCACCACUGGCGGUCUACAAUCGGCAUGCUUCGAGAGUCCCGGCUCCUGGCCCACCUGCCAAAGGAAGUCACACAGGAUAUCGAACAGCAAUUAGGUUCCCUAAUCCUGGCAACAGACAUAAAUAGACAGAAUGAGUUUUUGAUCCGUCUGAAAUCUCACCUUGACAAUCAGGAUUUGAGACUGGAGGAUGCACAAGACAGACAUUUUAUGCUUCAGAUCGCRCUCAAGUGCGCCGACAUCUGCAACCCGUGCCGCCUGUGGGAGCUGAGCAAGCAGUGGAGCGAGCGGGUCUGCGAGGAGUUCUACCGGCAAGGUGACCUGGAACAAAAAUUUGAACUGGACAUAAGCCCUCUUUGUAAUCAGCAGAAGGACACAAUACCAAGCAUACAAAUUGGGUUCAUGACGUACAUCGUAGAGCCACUGUUUGAGAGGUGGGCCCAGUUUACAGGAGACACCCCCCUCUCCGAAAACAUGCUAAACCAUCUCAGGAGGAACAAGGCCAAGUGGAGAAGUUUGCUCCACAAGCAGCACAGCAGCAACAGAAGCAGCGACCACUCAGGUCAAGUGACUGGCAGCCAAGAACAGACUUUCAAUGAAGAAGAGACGCCUUAGUGGCAGCUUUGCACUUUUCCCUUAGAGCACUGCUAUCUCUGUCUCGGUCAUAGCAGCAAACAAAAUCCCAAGAGGCCAGGGAGCCUGUUGGCAAGAACAUGGAGAAGAAACAGCGAGGAGGGCUGUGCGAGGGGUGUCACGAACAAACCCAUGGCUCUGCCGCGGGGCCCAGCGCGGAUCUCCUUCCUGUYGCUCUCCCCCUUCGCUCUGCGUCUGCCUGAAGCCACUUGUCACUUGUGACCCUGGACUGCGGGGCCGCUCAGCGGUGCCGGUACCAGCCAGGCCGGCGACUGCGGCCACUGAGCGGGGAGGAGGCCCGAGAGACCGGGGGAGCUAACGGCGCUCUCCGUUCUCUCUCCAUUCACCAUGAGUCAUGCUGUGACAUAUGUACAUAGGCCCUGAGCACCCUCCACUUUCCAGUCUGGCAGCUGGGCUGCACAUUAAGCCACCAGCAUCUUCAAAAUCCAGAGGACACUGGCUGAGCAAGACGGCGCUCGCAGAGGGCAGAGACAGACCGGUUAUUUUAGUAAUUAAAACAAACAAAAAACAAAACCUUUUUAACUUUUGUAUUCUGUGCACUAAACCACCAACGUAAAAACUUCGGACUGAAGUUGCUCUUCGUAUACACAACUCCAGUGUAACAAAGCUCAUUUUGGUAAUCAUUUUUAUGCCACUUUGGAUAAAAGACUGGCAUCUUCUCACUGCAAGGAACAGAAUUCCCUCGCAAGUGAAGGGGAAGGUGUUGUACAGUCUAAACCUUUGAAACAUGAACAGAUCUAUCUUUUAAGUACUGUUUCAAAUAACAUGUUUAUAUUCAUAUGUGUACAUUUUCUGUAAAUACAAAGCGCUACUGAUUCCCAUGCCAAAAUACUGGAGUACUGUGGGAUUGCUACCUGUAUAAACAUUGGCACUGUGAACAGAAUACUGUUAGUUUUAAUACAAGAGAAAGCAUUUGUAAAUACGGUAUAGAGUUUAUUAAUAUACACCAUCAUUUGUGGAUAAAAGCCUUAACUUCUAACAUCCUUCAUCUUCUGAUAGCUGCCAAAAUCAUGUUAUCACAAGAUACRAUUCUGAACUGCCUUUCCACUAUCAAAGGUGUGCCCAAGGUCAUCUCGGAACGAAGGCUGGCACGACACCUUCCCAAAAACUUCAGACGCAUUCCACGUGAGUCCCUGUUGCUAAAUCCAUGGCACCUUGCACGGCCAGUUUGGGCAAAUGCCUCACAGAGCCUGAAGUCUCAGUUUAAACAAAGCAAAACCACACAGCACCACCACGUCACUUGACAGUUCAACCUGAUUAACAUUUAUUCACAAGUUUGAGUCUUUAUUAACUAGCGUAGUGAUCUGCUAAGCACAACAUCUAGUUGUUCUAAAAUCCAGUUGUUUUCCUGAGCAAUGUUGAAGCGUAGGUGAUUUUUCCAUACCUUCCCUUCUUACAUAGGCAGCMUCUAAAUGCACCUCUAUUUUUAUUUUCAUUUAAAAAGAAAAUCCAUCUGAUAUUCAGAUCAGUCUCACUCAAUGAAGAAAAAAUCUUUUGUAGCCAAUCUGUUAAGCAAAAUCUCUUCACUGUUAUAAUAGCUGAGGAAGUUUCUAUGUCCUGGUGUUUUUGAAAGAUACAUGGCCUUAGUUAUGCCAUAAACAACCUCAGUUCAGAUAUUCUUUACACACCUUUUCUUAAGCUUCCAUCAGUUUUGAUGGGAUGGCUUUCAUGAGCACUGCUGCAUUGCACCAAGUGUUUGCACCCUUUACUCCCCACUCCCCAAAAAUCAUAUUAAAGCACAGCGUUGUUAUGAACUUCCACUAUAUCGAGUCUGUAUAGCUAUUUUCCAACAAAAAUAGCACCUGCUGCCAUAUAAUUAUCUUGUGUAAUGAUUACCUUGGAGAGACCAAAAGGAAAACACUUUUUAAGUUUGCAUUUGAAAAAAAAAUAAGAUUAUAUUUGUUCAUAAAAGCGCAAGAGAAGAAGUGGUGGAAUUUUUCUCAAUCAAGGAGGAUUGCCUGGGUUAGACAAAGUUUUCAUUCUUAUGAGGUGCCUGGUAUGUUUAGAGGAAAAUGAAAAUCACGGAGAUUCUACUCAUUCUAAUUCACAGAAGAGAGGUAUCUUCAGAAAAAGGUAUUGACACACAAUGAACUAGGUGGACAUCAACUGUAAGCACGAGUUAUAUUAAGAUAAAUGGUUUUCUUCUACCAACUUACAGACUAUUUUGUCAAGCAGUAGAGAAUUUCCUUCCUCCUCACCUCUUUAAAGGGAACUCACAAAUUGAAAGUACUGCGAGACCAGGUAACAAUCACAGGGAGGGAGUUCUAGAAGAAUAAAAUUAUUUCUAACUACAGGACAUCAAUGCCUUUUUAACCACCUGAUAGUGGGAGUGGGAGCAUCACCAUUUCACAGCCUUUCAGGUGUAUUUUUUCUUUCUCCUGACAGAUUUGGAAGGCAAAACAAACAGUGUAACUCGUGUAGGCAGCACAUUGGGUACAAACAAAAGAACAGCAUUUCCUUCCUGCUAAAAAGUGGAAGUCGCCUCCAUCAAGUUCAAAGAAUUUUUUAAAAAAUAUUCUGAGGCUUUACGUAAGCAAACCUGGCGUUUAAGGAGCAUAAAAGCCUGUUGACAGACACAUCAUUGUGCUGUUUCUGAGGGGCUUCCAGAAAGUAGAGAGAAUUCAGCACAUACCCAGUGAGUUCUCUUACAGCUGCGGUACCACCAAGACCUUCUGUGUAAUUACAGCCUCUGAAGGCAUCAAAAGUUAGUGCUCACCAACUCAAAACUUCCUAAUAAACAUUUUAAGAACAAUUUUGCAAAGAACAGAGGAUUUACUGUUUGUGUCUGAACACACUUGAUAGAUUUCAGUGACCUUGUCUGGUGAAACACUGCUUGGAAGAGGUUUGGGCUGGCUCCAGAGGCAGCCAAACUGCACCCRACUCAACCCAUUUGACAGCACCAAYGUUCAGUAUAUGCUGAUGUGACACAUCUACRGUGUUUGGCUUGGAGAACAUUUCUGCACUGGGAUUUCUCCCCAACAGAACACUAGAGGGACAGAAUGGAGGAYGAAAAAAAUAUAUUUAAUUCCCCACCAGCCCUAUCAACCAUUUUAAAGAAUGUGCAAAUUAUUGCUCUUUCCUGCUGGGUCUAUGCAGCUAACAGUUCCUGAAGUUUUAUAACUGAGUUAGGUUUUCAUAUAUGUAAUGAAGGAAGCAGAAAACUGCUAAGAACAAGAGGCUAAAAAUGCUCUCAGAUAUACCACACAAACAGAAUUCACUUGAUUAAAACCCAGUUUCUCUAAAUGCAGAUUUCAUACCUCCAGAGGGGAAUUCUGUGUGUUGGAAAGAAAAAAAAAAGUAGGAAUAAGUGGAACUUUUAGAUAUGUGUUUUUGUAAAAGGUAUUACCUGUCCUGGGGGUAUUGAAGGUCAGCAUUGUAGUCACCAGCCAUAAGGAUAUGGGGGGAAACAGGACUGUACUUUGUAGAUGCAGAGGAGAGAGGGGGGUAGCUGAUGUUGAGUGGGAACGUACAUAUGAUGGAAGUAUGAAUGGAGAAUGGCAGAAGGAAACAUGCUCUGCAGUGCUGCCUUAACUAAGCUAAAAUGCGGGACUUUUUUUGUAUAACUUCCUGGUUUUGAUAAAGAAAAGCAAGGUCUCUCAGUUGAUCGCUGAGAAGGCUGCUACCACGGUGAACAGAAUAAGCCGGUUUUCUAUCUGCAUAGCUCUCUUACUAAAUCUUGUAGUCUGCAGUUGAUCUCUAUUAUUAAAGUUUUCAACAGGUAUCAGCUCCUUCCAAAUCAGCUCUUCUUGGAAAGGAGAAGCACUAAAUUGGUUCUAAUUAUCAGGUAUCAGAGUGCAGGCCAUAAUUUAUAGCCUUAUAAUUAAGUCACUCCAUUAAGCUAUCUCUAAAGCACUCCAUCUUGUGUCCUCACCAUCCCUAGUUCAUUCCCCACAGAAUCUAUGCUUCAAUAUGAAGCACGAUCCUGCAAAUCCUGCCCUCGCCCCCACCCCCUCCCAAAAUAAAAAAAAAAGCACCAAAAAAGAGGGCACGUUUCAUGCCAAGAACAUGUAUCCAAAAUACUUCGAUUGGUGCAAGYUAUUAUUCUAUUCUUUGUUUCUAUAAGCCACCCUAUAUUUUAGGUACAUAAACUUUAAAUGCAGAGUGCAAGUUUGACUUGGAUGUAAAAUAUAUUCUGCUUCUCUUUGAAUUCAAGAUUGUAUAUGUCAUGUUUAUUGUAAAGCAUUUUAUAUAUACACAUUCACAUAUCUUACACAACUUUAUGGGCCAAACAGUGGUCCCACCAACUGCACUGGGACCAAGAACCAGCCCCCAUAUGUGCGUAUAUCUGCCAUAUGCAUCAUUCUGAAAGGAAGCA